AUGUUGUAUUUUCUGACAACAGGAAGCAACUUCCUGAAAAUCAUUAGCUUGGUCAAACAAGUGGUCAAUAGCCGGCACAUAAGUUUGACGAGAAUGGCUAAAAGUAAAUUUGAAUAUGUGAAAGAAUUUGAACGUGAUGACAGUUGUUUGCCAAAUUGUUGGAUUGUGGUUAGAAUUGAUGGAAGGAAUUUUUCAAAAUUCUGUGAAGCGCAUCAAUUUACUAAACCGAAUGAUGUAGCUGCUUUGCAAUUAAUGAAUCGCGCGGCUAUUACGGUUAUGGAAGAUUUUAAAGAAAUCAUUCUAGGUUUUGGUCAAAGUGAUGAAUAUUCUUUUGUCUUUCGAAAAGACACUGAACUUUACAAACGAAGAGCUUCAAAAUUGAUGACAAAUGUGAAUUCUCUUUUUGCAUCAUCGUAUGUUUAUCAUUGGCCACGUUUCUUCCAAGGCAAGGAAUUAUAUUAUCCACCAUCUUUCGAUGCCCGUGUUGUAUUAUAUCCUACAGAUAAAAACUUAAGGGAUUAUUUAGCAUGGCGACAGGCUGAUGCUCAUGUAAACAAUUUAUAUAACACCUGCUUUUGGAAUCUUGUAUUAAAAGGAAAGCUAACUCCAACUCAGGCAGAAGGAAAACUUAGAGGUACAUUGGCAUCACAUAAGAACGAAUUACUUUUUCAAGAAUUUGGUAUAAAUUAUAAUAAUGAGCCACCACUUUUUCGAAAGGGUACUACACUUAUAAGGAAAUUAAUACCUGAUGGGACAGGUAGAUUAAAACCUGCAGUGGUUCCAUUGGUAGAUGAUAUUAUUGGAGACCGUUUCUGGAAAGAAAACCCGGAAGUACUCGGGUUAAAAAGUUUAGCAACUUAUCAACCUCCAAAUUUAGUAAAUAAUGUUAAUUCAAAUCCAAUUAGAACAACAAAACCACCAUCUCCAACCACGAACAUGAAACAUAUUAAUAACACUCCACCACCUCCAGUUGCUAAUGUGAAUUCUAUGAAAGAAGAAGUGCAUCCAGCAAGAAGCCGAGAAUCAGAUGGAGAAAGAAUGCAGUGUGAAAGUGAACGAAUUUGUAGAAGAUAAGAAGUGUUUUAUAUUUUUUUUAUAAUAAAUUUGAAAAACAUCCUAACGGAAAA